AUGUCCGACCGUCCUCGCCUUCCGGCAUCAUCCAGCUCAAAUAAUGCGGAAUCGCGACCUAGCUUUUACAGUGGGAGGUACCCUUCCAAUGGCAGUGGCAAUGGUAGCGACAUAUCACCUAAGCGCACCACUUCAUCACAACACAUAAGGAUCUCCAAGCACCUAGAUCGACCGCAUUUGACCGGCAAGAACCGCACGUUGAGUGACGUGCUGCGUUCCCAUCGAAGCAACCAAGAGCAAGAGACAUUGCUUGGCGACGAUGAGCUUGCAGAUCAUGAUGGAUGUGUGCGAGAGGGGACAGCACCACGUGAAAACUUUCAUACCGACCCGAACACGAAGUUGAAUGUAUACUACAACAUCCAGCGGAUCCGUCGGCUAGUCUUGGCGAGCAUCGAGGAUCCGUACAGUAUGGAGCAGCUUAAAGAACCUCGGAUGAAUGUUUUGAUUGUCAAACCCCUUGUUGAUCGGCUGUUUGAUGAUGAAGAUAUAUCGAUCGUUUACUGUCUAUUUGUUAACAGGAUGCAAUUUUUACGCGAGCAGCAUUUUCAAAAUCAUCACCAGACGGUCAAUCUGACGCGAGCCAACUUGUGCGAGAUAGUGGCUAUGAAGGUUCUCCGAAGGCACGACGAAGAGUUCGCCGGAAAACAAGGCCUACUUCAACUGGCUAGAAUUUUAGUUUCUCCGUUUCAGCCAUUCCAGAACGCCCCCCCAGAGAUAUGCCCUGAGCAACGCAAGUGGGAGUACCAAGGCGGCUACGAGGGAAAAUUGACCGCACUGGAGGUUGCCAUUGUCUCGGAGAGCAAGAUGUUCCUUAGCAGCUCAGCGCCACAGAAGGUUAUUGAUGGUGUGUACCGCGGACGCAUAGUCUAUACACCAACUGCCUUCAUGGAUAUUCUUCCCGACCACUACAAGCACAAACCUAUUUCUCUUUACGAUCCUCGGCAUGCACCUCUCCUUAAUCAGUACCGUUUGAUCGUGCCUAGAACUCGUGCCUUUGUCGAAGCAACGUGGUUCGUCAUUCUAAUUGGGCUGUACUGCUUCUGCAUGACGAUGCAAAACCACGACGAGUUUACAUUAGCUGAGGCUUUAUUCUUGAUCUACGGCGCAGGUUGGACCGUGGAUGAAUGUGCGUCCAUGUUGGAGCAUGGUUGGCAAGUACAUACACAAGAGCUAUGGGCCUUCUUAGACGUCACCUUCGUUGUCAUCUAUCUGUCCUACCUGGGCCUUCGAGUCUACGCCUGGUCAGCCAACAGUAGCGAGCUCGGGAGGCAAGCAUUGGACAUCCUUGCCAUUGCUGCUCCAAUCCUCUUCCCUCGGCUGGCCUUCAACCUCAUGCCCGAAAACAUGCUGUUCAUCGCGCUACGGGCCAUGGUCAAGGAAUUCACAGCCUUGAGCUUGAUCGCUGUGUGGUGUUUCGCAGGAUUCUUAUUGUCGCUCAAGUGGCUUAGUAUGGGCAGUCCAAAGGACAACUUCGGAGACCAACCGGGCCCUAUCGAAAUCUCUAAGUGGAUGCUCUGGAUCUGGUUCGGUCUGGACGGUACCGGCAUCACGGAAUCGCCAAACUUCCACGAGGUUCUUGGCCCUGUACUCAUGGUCGUCUACGCCUUCCUGGGCAACACGCUUUUCCUGACAGUUCUUGUAUCCAUCCUCUCGAACACCUUCUCCAAGAUCGCCGCGGACGCAACCGCAGAAAUCCAGUUCCGCCGCGCAGUCUCCACCUUCGAGGGUGUCAAAUCCGACUCCUUGUUCUCGUACUUUCCGCCCACAAACAUACUCGCCAUCGUUUUCCUCCUUCCGCUCAAGUUCAUCGCGUCCCCCCGCUGGUUCCACAAGAUCAACAUCACUAUUGUACGUGUGCUCAACGCGCCGUUGCUCCUCGCCAUUGGCUGGUACGAGCGCCACCACCUCUGGAAACCACGCCGGAAGCCUACCAUCGCCGGGCCGUCAAAGCGUGGCAAGUGGGGUUUCUGGAGCACGUUCGACGUGCACGCCGAGAUCCGCGAGGUCUUCGACGAGGAGCCUCCGGAAGCAGUGAUGCAGCGUAUUGAAGAAGAGGACGACCUCGAGCACGCGAUUCUGGAGAACAGCUUUGCGGGAUUGGCGGGUAUUAGGAGUAGGAGCAUGAGUCCCGGGAGUGCGAUGCAGCCGAGAAGGAGGAGGUUGAGCAGUGUUUGGCAUGGUGAACCAUAA